AUGCUAUUACGUGAAGCUACCAAUACGGCAGUUGAGCUUCAAGUUCACGACGUUUAUCAAUAUCGCAAAUACCCCAGUACUGCGUUGUCAAAGCGAUUCCCCGAAGUACGCCAGGAACUCGCGACAAUGCUUAUCCCAAAAGCCGACCGCAAGAAGAUACACGAGUACCUCUUCCGCGAGGGUGUACUCGUGGCCAAGAAGGAUUACAACCUUCCCAAGCACGGAGACAUUGACACCAAAAACCUCUACGUCAUCAAGGCUUGCCAGUCCCUCACCUCCCGUGGCUACGUCAAGACCCGCUUCUCGUGGCAGUACUACUACUACACCCUCACCCCCGAGGGUCUGGAAUAUCUCCGUGAAUGGCUCCACCUCCCGGCUGAGAUCGUGCCCGCUACGCACAUCAAGCAGCAACGCUCCCACGCUCCUCCCCGUGGAAUGAUGGGUGGUGAAGGUGAGCGCGAGAGACGUCCCGGUGGCCGUGGUGAUCGUGGUGAUCGCGGUGACCGUCCUCCUCGUGGCGAUGGUGGCUACAGACGCCGUGAGCAGGGUGAGGGCAAGGAGAGCGGUGCCCCUGGCGACUUUGCUCCUUCUUUCCGUGGAUUCGGCCGUGGUCGAGGUGCUCCCCCACCAUCUUAA